AUCAAACUAGCCAAAAUAUAGCUCGUCUUCUCUAACUCAAUUUAGUUCCUCUCUGAUCAGACCAUGAAAGAUUAACAAUGGCGGACACAGAGACACAGUCCUCUACUACUUCCAAAACCUCUCUCUCCAACAUCGAUCCGAUCCAUCAUCUUCCUCUUUCUCUCCUCAGAUCCGACACAAUCCCUCCCGCUCCGACCCGUACCGAUCCGCCCGGGUCCACCAUCGACUGGCUCCCGAACUUCUCCGACCUCUCAUGGAUCGCCUACGGAGCUUCCUCUCUCCUAGUCAUCUCUCACUUCCCCUCUCCACUCUCCUCCAACGAAACCGUAAUCGGACCUCUUUUCCGGCAGGUUUUCGAGCUCUCCGGCGAUCCUUCUUCUGCCGUGAACGCCGUCUCGUGGUCUUCCGCGACGCCCUCCGUCGGUGAGCUCGCCGCGGCGGCCGAGAAUUGCGUUUGGGUGUUCGCUCAUGAUUCGGGGACUUCUCAAGGUUCUUUUUGUUGGAGCCAGAGUGCAAUACUUGUUCAAUCUGCCAAGGUGGAUGCAGUCCGAUGGACCGGCUCCGGGGACGGAAUUGUUGCCGGCGGAGUUGAAGUUGUUCUGUGGAGAAGAAGCAACAGGUUUUGGGAAAUCGCUUGGAAGUUUAAAACUGAUCGACCUCAAACUCUGGUUUCCGCUACAUGGUCUAUUGAUGGACCUUCUGCAACGGCAACUUAUGCGAAUACACCGCAAAACGAAGGAUCAUCAUGUGUAUCAGUGUGUCAAAAUGAUGGAAAAUUGGGAUAUGGGAAAGUUGAGCUAAAUCAUCCUUUUCCUGUAUCAAUGAUUCAGUGGAGGCAGAUAGGUAGAGAAUCAAAUGGGGAUGGUAAAAACUCGGAGAGAAAUGUGCUGCUAACUUGUUGCUUAGAUGGAACUGUAAGGUUGUGGUGUGAGAUUGAUAAUGGAAAGGGCAGAAAAGUUGGCAAGGAGACAGUGAGGAGGUCCUUUUAUGUUGCUGCUGUAAUUGAGAUAAAUCAGUCGAUGAGUGGAACUUUAGGUAUGGAUGUGUUUGUGACAUGGGCCAUAGAAAUCGAGGGUAUAUUUGAAGCUGGUGAAGGUGCUAAAAAGUUCUUCUCCUCGAAAAGAUAUGAUCACGACAAGGCUGGCAGUUGUGAGUGGAUUAUUGGGUUUGGUCCAGGAACGUUGGUUAGUCUCUGGGGAGUUCAUUGUCUAGAUGAUGUCUCUCCAAUGAGAUUUCCUCGAGUUACAUUGUGGAAGACACUAGAACUGCAGGGUCUGGAAGAUGGACUUUCUAGGAUCAAUUUUCUGAAUUCUAAAGAGGGAAUAUUUCUGAGUAAAGCUGCAAUAUUGAGGAAUAGUGCUUCUGGUCCACCAAAAAUGUGCUCUUUGAUUCAAUUGUUACCUUCUAAUUCCUUGGCUUGGUCACUGUUAUGUACACAAACAUCUGGUACUAUAGAGGAGUUAUCAGUUGAACAUAAUUUAAGAGAGAAUGUUUCUUGCUUGCCUGGUGGAGUAUUAAAUUUAGAUGGUCAUACUGGAAAAAUCUUACAAGUAGCUGUGCAUCCUUGUAGCUGUGAAGUUGAAUUUGCCGUGUCCUUAGAUUCCAAUGGGUUGCUUCUAUUUUGGUCAAUGUCUACAAUUUCUAACUGCAUUUUGGGUCGUCCAACAUUAAUUCCCACAUGGGAGCUCCAUGGGAAGCUUGGAACUCGGGUUUCUUGUUCCAAGUAUACAAGCUUGAGAUGGGCUCCUUCAAUACUGGAUCAAGAACUUGUUCUCCUUUUGGGACAUGUUGGAGGAAUUGAUUGCUUUGUUGUUAAGAUAAAUGAAAGGGAAGACGAAAAUGUAGAAUGUCACUACUUGUGUACUAUACCUUUCACGGGUCAUGGUCCUUUUGAGGAAGGUCCAACCAUUAUCUUUGUGAUUCCUUUGCCUUCUACUAGAAAUGACAUCUUAAAGUCUCAUAAAUUAUUGCUUUUGGGCAUAUGGAUGAAUGGGUUUCGGGCCCUUUCAUGGGAAGUCAACUUGCAUUCUUAUGAUUUAUCAGGAAGCUGCUGUAAUUGUAAUUUUGAGUCAACAGAUGCUGAUGAAUGCGGCACAUGGAAUUUUGGAACUAAUUUUUGUGGUAAAAGAUAUUGUGUUAACGUUUGUCCUUGCUCAUCACAACUACCAGAACCUCACAAGCGUGAUCAUGUUACAAGUUUUGCUGUGGUAUCUCCAGACCAUUUGGUUUCACAAGUAUCGACUUCUUUUAGCAAUCAAACCUUCAGGCAUCCUGCAUAUAUCAUGGCCACGGGCUGCGCUAAUGGUUAUGUGAAAUUGUGGAGAAGUGAGCUCAGUGAAGCAUCAACCUCUUCUGCACUAUGGGAGCUUGUCGGCAUGUUUUUGGCACAUCAGGGGCCCAUUAGUGCUAUGUGUUUAAGCGACUGUGGUCGAAAGGUCGCAACCAUCUGCAAGGAAUUUCAUUCAAAUGAGGUUAGCACUGUUUGUGUAUGGGAGUCUGCACAUGUUGUGGGUUCAGGGGCUUUUAUUUUAGAAGACACAAUAGCCCUCGAUGGUCAAGUUGUUGCUUUAAAUUGGUUAACCUCGGGUAAUGGUCAGUUAUUACUUGGCGUCUGCAAGCAGAAUCAGUUGCGUAUUUAUGCUCAGAGAUGUUUUAGUGGUAAGACUUUCUUGGACUCUGGAAAAUCUUUGAAAGGGGAAAUUUGGCGCUGCAUUGCAUAUGCUUGUACCAUCUCUCCAAUUAAUGACUUUCUUUGGGGCCCAAGAGCAACAGCUGUUGUUGUUCAUGAUCGUUAUCUGUCGAUAACCAGUCAAUGGGUGUUCCUCAUAGAUAAAAAGCAACAGGCUAAGGUCUAUUCAGAAAAUUGUAAGAGCAUUUUCCUAUGUGCUGCGGGUGAAAAAGAAGAGGACAUUCAUUCUGCAAUUUUCAGUGAUUGUGACAUCGGUAAGUUGACAGAAUUGAUACUUGAGGACAAUAGCAAAGAGAAAAACUUUGGAACUCCUGAAAAUACUAAUACGAAAAAGGAUUGUCAAUUUAGCAGUUUGUUGGCAGCAAGGGCCCAGUUGGAGGAUGGUUGGAGCGUGAAACUUGGUUUAUGGAACAUGCUAGAAGUGACCGAGAAGUUAGGUGGAUCUCUGCAACUUUAUCAUCCCGAGGCACUCCUUAUGAAUAUCUUCACAGGCAAUUGGAAGCGAGCAUAUUCAGCUCUGAGGCAUCUUAUUGAAUGCCUUACUCGUGCUUCUGAGGAGAAACGUGGCACAAUCAAUUUUAGCUAUAUUGUUCCACAAAUUCCUCUGUCAAAUUAUUUUGAAGGACUCCUCCAAAAAAGUUUACCUGACAAAGGAUUCCACUGGGGUGGAAAGGCCGCUUUAACCACUUCAACUUCUCAGUUUCAGAUGGGCAUAUCCCAGUUUGCAUACAAUUUUGACUCUAAUUCUUCUAAUAACUUGUUUACAUCCUCUUCAACAAGAUCUGAACUAAUUGCCUUCAUUGAGCCACUUGAGAACUUUUACGAGUUAGCUUCUAUAACCAAUGUAGAGAAGACACAAAUUCUUGCCGUAAUAGAUCUUCUUGGUGAAAUUACUAAUCCAAACUCUGCUUAUGGAAGUCUUGAUGAACCUGGACAAAGGUUCUGGGUGGAAUUGAAGUUUCAGCAAUUACACUUUUUCCAAAGGUUCAGUAGACCAGCAACCAUGGAGGAAUUGGUUAUUGAUUCUAGCUUGAUUGUGUGGGCCUAUCACUCUGAUUGUGAGGAAAAUUUGUUUGGAUCUAUUCUACCAAAUGAACCAUCUUGGCCAGAAAUGCGUAACUUGGGUGUUGGAUUUUGGUUCACAAAUGCAGCACAACUGCGUACAAAGAUGGAAAAAUUGGCAAGGUCGCAGUAUCUGAAGAACAAAAAUCCUAAGGAUUGUGCAUUGUUAUACGUUGCUCUGAAUAGAAUCCAAGUCUUAGCUGGCCUUUUCAAAAUCAGCAAGGAUGAGAAGGACAAGCCCCUGGUGGGAUUUCUUUCACGAAAUUUCAAGGAAGAGAAGAAUAAGUUAGCGGCGUUAAAGAAUGCAUAUGUUUUAAUGGGGAGACAUCAGCUGGAGUUAGCUAUUGCUUUCUUCCUGCUUGGAGGUGAUAUUGCCUCUGCUAUCAAUGUCUGCGCAAAGAACCUUGGGGAUGAACAACUGGCACUAGUAAUUUGUCGGCUGGUUGAGGGGUGUGGUGGACCAUCAGAGCAUCACCUAAUAACAAAAUUUAUGCUUCCAUCUGCAAUUGAGAAGGGCGACAAUUGGCUAACGAGCCUUCUGGAGUGGGAACUGGGGAAUUACUACCAAUCUUUUAUGAGAAUGUUUAGUUUCAAAACUGAUUCUGCAAUUGAAAAGUCCACAGUUUGCUCCAACAAUGUUUGUUUCUUAGGGCCAAAGAUUGGUCUCUAUUGCCAUACACUUGCAGCCAAAAAUAAUACGAGAAAUGCUAUUGGGGACCAAAAUACUGCAAUACUUGGUAGGUGGGCGAUUCUGAUGACAACGAUUGCCUUAAGCAGACGUGGCCUUCCUCUUGAAGCUUUGGAGUGCUUAUCAUCUUCACUGAACGUUCUUGGGAAUACAAAUCAAGGAAGUAUAUCCAGUUCUGAGCAUUCAAACAUUCUACAUGGAAUCCUAAAGCCUUCUGCCAGAGAUUCUUCUAAUUGGCUUUCAGACGAUGUUGCCUUUUGUCUUGAGUAUCAUGCUAAAAUUGAUUUAGCACUUAAAUACUUCUCAAAAUUGCUAAGAGAACAUCCGAGCUGGGAAGAUAUCAUUGUUGGAUCUGCUGGAGCUCAUAUGUGCUCAAAAGAAUAUGAGCAUCAUCACUUCGUGGAACUUCUUGAAAGCUUUCAACAUAAGCUUGACACAGAAAUGCUACAGUUUGAGCAAAAAUUUUCACUACGUCCAUUGUGUCUAAUUAGCAAGAUUUUAAUCUCAUUAUACAAUCACGGCCUGUUGUUUGUUGGAUAUGAUCUAUUUUGUGGAUAUAUAAAUCACGAUCACUUGCCAGACAAAAUCCAAACAGUUGAUAGAAUAUGCUUGCAUAGUCUUACAACUAAACCACUUUUCAAGGUUACUGAAGAAACCUCCCUAUUGUUUUCGCGAUUUAUUAUUGCCUGCAGCUUGACGUGUUCCCAACUGUCAUAUUUUAUUGAAACUGAUGUAUCUUGUGAAAGUAUAUCAUCUUCACGUUCCAAUGCUUGGGGAUAUGAUUUUCAAUGUGUUCUGUUGUCACUGCGGCUUUUAAGAGCUUCUUUGAGGAUGACAUGUAAAUCCCUAAGUGAAUAUCUCAUCAUUCUUGACUUAGUUGAAUAUUUUCUAUACUUUGCAUAUUCUUGGUUUCAAAGAAACUUUAGAGGUCUCUUUAAGAUUGUGGAACCUCUGUUGUUGACGCAUACCAAUGUGCAUACACUUUAUGAUGUUGAUAUUGCAAAUCUGAAGAAGCGUCUCCCUGAGAUUGUAGAUCUUGUCCAAAGUUUAUUGCAUCGUGAUGUAGGAAAAGGUCCACAGAAUUCUGAUGAGCUGUUAGAAAAUCAAGUUUCGGAUAUACCACAUUCAAUUCCAGAAGAUGAACGGUGGCAUAUUAUAGGGGCUUGUUUGUGGCAACACAUGUCCAGAUUUAUUAAGCAUAAACUAAAUACCAUGUCAUAUAAACUUGAAGACAGCUGUUUUUCUGGCUUAUCCCAUGGCAGACCUUCUUCAGGAUCAUUUAAUACCACAAAUUUGGAAUCUGAUGAGAACAGUUCAAAAGAACAGAUUGGGCUGGUUUUGUUGAUCUCGGUCAAGCUAUUAAAGACCACAGCAGAACACGUUUCUUCAUAUCAUGUAAAACAGCUGGCAUCAUAUGUACACAAGAAGAUGGAAUAUGGAUGGCACGCAAAGACUCUUAUUUGGUUGGAAGAAUCUAGUCAGGCUCAAAGCAGAGACCCCUGUCAGAAUCUAAGUCAGGAUAUUGUCCAUCUGGACGUGUUCAAUGAUGAAGAUGGAUUCAAUAGAUUAUGGGACAUAUGUGCUGAACCUAAAUUAAUAUCCGAAAGUUUUGCUGUGGAAAAAAUAAGUUUCUUGCACUGCUUUGAUCAUAAACCUUCUAUAGGAUGGAAUGACCUAUGCGAAGGCAUUGGUGUGAUAGACGAAACUGAGGAAGCCCAUAAUCAAAAAGGUUCACCUAGCACUAGCUCAGCAACUACUGAAACUGGGGCACCUACGAGAUGGAUAUUUCAGAACGGGAAUACUUUUUUGUGGUCAUGGCAGAAAGAUAAUACCAUUACUAAGGAUAUUUUGUCCUUCUUGAGCCCUAGAGAAGUGCUCAAGAGGAAUGGCGAACUUUUGGAGGCAUUGUGCAUCAACUCCAUUCAUCAAGGACAAGCUGCUGUUGCUAGCAACCGAAAAGGUAUACUAUUUUUCAACUGGGAAGAUGAAAUACCUUUCGGAGAUCAGUCUGAUUCUAUUUGGUUAGAGGCUGGUUGGCCGCCGAAUGGAUGGGCUGGUUCUGAGUCAAACCCAGCUCCUACAUAUGUUUCUCCUGGUAUUGGUCUUGGGAGCAAGAAAGGGGCACACCUUGGACUGGGUGGAGCAACUGUUGGCGUGGGCUCUUUCGCAAAGCCCAGGAGAGACUUGACUGGGGGUGGGGCAUUUGGUGUUCCAGGUUAUGCUGGUAUUGGUGCCUCUGGCUUAGGUUGGGGAACUCAAGAGGACUUCGAGGAGGUUGUGGAUUCUACACCCACUGUGGAGAAUAUAAGUACUAGAGCUUUCUCCAGUCAUCCCUCUCGGCCCAUCUUCUUGGUUGGCUCUAGCAAUACACACAUUUACUUAUGGGAGUUUGGUAAGAAGAAAGCUACUGCCACUUAUGGAGUACUUCCUGCUGCAAAUGUCCCUCCACCGUAUGCUCUUGCCUCAAUAUCUGCCUUGCAGUAUGACCAUUAUGGACACAGAUUUGCUUCUGCUGCCUUAGAUGGCACCGUAUGUACGUGGCAGUUGGAGGUGGGAGGAAGGAACAAUAUUUAUCCAACAGAAACAUCACACUGCUUUGAUGGCCAUGCAUCGGAUGUUACUUAUAUUACUUCGAGUGGAUCUAUCAUUGCUUUAGCUGGAUAUAGCUCCUCUGGCGUUAAUGUGGUUAUAUGGGACACGUUAGCUCCACCCACAACUUCACAAGCUUCAAUUAUAUGUCAUGAAGGUGGUGCACGCUCUCUUUCAGUCUUUGAUAAUGACAUAGGAAGUGGUUCUAUUUCUCCCCUUAUUGUUACUGGCGGUAAAGGUGGCGAUGUUGGAGUUCAUGAUUUUCGGUACAUUGCUACUGGAAAGACUAAAAGGCACAACCAUUCUAGUAAUGGUGGACAAACCACCACCACAUCAUCAAAUGUUGACACGCGGACAGCUAAUGGGAACAGAGUUGGGGACCAAAACAUAAAUGGGAUGGUUUGGUACAUACCAAAGGCUCAUUCAGGGAGUGUUACCAAGGUAUCUACAAUCCCAAAUACCAGUUUAUUCUUAACGGGAAGCAAAGAUGGGGACGUUAAACUUUGGGAUGCAAGAAAAGCUAGGAUGUUAUUUCAUUGGCCAAAAUUGCAUGAUAGACAUACAUUUUUGCAACCAAGCUCUCGAGGCUAUGGUGGGGUAGUUCGGGCUGCUGUCACAGAUAUACAAGUUGUUUCACAUGGUUUUCUUACAUGUGGUGGAGACGGUAGUGUAAAGCUGAUUGAGCUCAAAGACCAACACAGGAAAUAAGGCGGCAUAACAUAAGACGUAAGGAAGUCGAUCCGAGUUGCAUUUGGAUAAUUAGUUUCAUGGGAAUUCUCCAGCGACUUGAAAUAAGGUAAAGAGGAAAACACCACGCAUUGCGAUAUUUGGCAUUCUACAUCGGUUAGGAACAGCAACACUGCAGACCCUGACAGAUGCCCAAGAUAAUCCUGACCCUUGCCUACUUUGAUUCGCAAAUAGAAGUCAAUUUUUUUUGUUUCUUUCUCUUGCCUACGGUUUCUCCAUGGCCAACUAACAGGAAGGAAUGUGAAUAACUCCCUCCCCGUUCCCCGUGAAUCUCUGUGACUUACUAUAGUAAACGCAAAGUCAUUCCCAUAUGUUUCAAGACUUUUGCACUGCUUUCUUGGUUUAAUGAGCUAAGACAUGCCUCUUCUUUCCCGGUUGCACUUAUGGAGUUAAAGAUCCGGCGAAGAAUCAGCAAUGGAACCUAAUUUUUGGAUACGUCGCAAAUUUUUUUACUACGCGUGUGUUUACUUGAGGCUUUUUUUUUUUUUUUUUUUUGUAUAUAUUUGUGAAACCAAAAUGUAUCCCAUAAUUAGUUCUACAAUGCAGAAUGCUCUGUAGUGUAUAUUAGUGAUUAGUGAUUUCAUUCUUUUCACAGGCGGUUGUAUUAUAAGAGAUUGU